CACUCUAGAUUUGCACUUUUGGAGAAAAGAUAGUUUUCUACAAUGUCGAUUAUUUUCCUUCUCUUUUUGCCACUAAUGAUUUCUUCGGCUUAUGCUGAUUCGAUCUCCACCGCAAAUUACCCUUAUGCUUUAGGUCAAUUAGGUUCAACAAGGACCAGUUCUAGGCUUUCAAAACCUCUAAUUGGUGAUGAUGAUGGCAGGAUUUAUACUUGUUCUGAUAGGAUCUUUUUUGCAUUUGAAAGUAAUGGGUCCAUUGCCUGGUCCUUACAUUUGGCUUACACUUGCAAUUCUAGCAUGGCUCCAGUUCAUGGUGGUAGAGGAAAGAUAUAUUUGAUUGCAGAGAACAGAGUUCUAAACAUAAAUUUGUUAAAUUUGAGAACUUCUACACCUACAUCAGAAGUUUUCUUUGGCCCAGAAAAAGGACAAGAAGGUGCAGGUGAAAUUAUAGGACUUGCAGUGAGUACAUUGAGUUCAUCAGUAUUUAUCAAUAUUAAGAAUAGAGGCUUAUUUGCUUAUAUGAUGCGUGGACAACUAUUAUGGAGUGCUGGACCUGUGCUUUCUCAGUUUGGCUACCGUCUAGGUUGCAGGAAAGGGAUUUCUGACUGUUAUUUUAAUUCUGUCCCUAUGAUUGAUCGUUGCGAGGCUAGUUUAUAUAUUUCAAAUACUGCAGGAGAAGUUUAUUCUUUGUCUCUACACAGUCCUCAUUUCAAUUGGGUUCAAGAUUUGAGCUCAUUUGACAGAGAUUUUACUCUCACACCAGGAAACAAUGGCCUUUUAUAUGUUACCGUACCCACCAAGGCUAUUGUCUUGGCACUUGGUGUUUCUAUGGGCGAUAUUUUAUGGCAGAAAAAUAUUGGGCCAUUUAGUGUAGUUGACUGCACACCAGUUGUGGAUUCUAAUGGUUGGAUAUCAAUUGGUUCCUUGGAUGGUUUUCUGUACUCGAUAUCACCAACUGGAGAAGUAAAGAAAUUCACAAAAGCAUCUGAAUUGAAUUAUGUUAUCCAAGUUAGUCCAUUUCUUGAUUGCUCUGGCUAUGCAGUUUACAUAUCUCAGGCAGAGAUGGUGGGGAAGGUUAGCCACAUACUUGGCGAAUAUAAUUAUGUCUCAGCAAUGAUUCCUAAAGGAGUGGUCUUCACCUUAAUGGUUCCGACAACUGGGGCGGUCUACUGGUCUGAAAGCUAUCCUGGUCAGUUUUCAUCCUCAUUGUCACAAAGUGAUCUGCAACAUUUUGCAUUCGAUGAAGGAAUACUUCUUGCUUUUAUCACUGCUUCAAGAACAGGCAACACACUGCCAUGCCGUAGCAAAAAUGAGAAGCUUGUAUCUAUCUGCUCUCAAGCAAGGCCUAAGCAUCUCAGAAUUUACACAGGUAAUGAGAGGACAAUAAUGCUGUUCCUAUUAUACGAGUCCAUAGUCUUGGUAGUUUUAGCAGGACUAGUCCGAUUCUGCUGCAUCUUCUGGAGCAAAAAGAAGCUACAACGUCAGGAUUUGGCAGUUUUUCUGGAAAGACGACGCUCUCUCCAACGCCAGAAGAAAGAACUAAGCAGAACAAUAACAGAACUGGAGCAGAAGGCUGCAGAAGAAGCAGUUGGAAAUCAAGCUAUGGAAGAACUGGGAGAUUUGGUACGAGAAAGACAAGGCAUUGAAAGGAAGCUCUCAACAACUUACAGUUUAGGCAGGGAUGGAGCUAGGCUGCAAUCAAACUCAAUCCUUCCAGUAUAUGAUGGGAAGACAAGAAGUUACUCUUUUCAGAGUGCAAAGAAAGAAAGUUUCACUAUUUUCCAUACGUUAAGUGAUACAUCUUCUUCUGAAGAAAGAAGCAGUACCAGUGGCAGAGAUUCUAGCAGUUGGGAAGUUGAAGAAGAAGAACCAAUUGAUAAGGCAAAAGCAAAAGCACCCAUGAAAGAAGCGAAAAGUUCAAGUGAUGAUGAUGGAAAUUUUGUUAUGGAUUCAAAGAGUUCAUCAGAGGCAGCUUCAAGCUCAAAAUUGUUUUUAAAUCAACUGUCUGUAGAAUCGAUGCAAAGAAGAUGUAGCAAAAAAAGUCUCUGGUUGAAAAGGAGAAGGACCUUGUCAUCAACUAACUAGAGUUUAAUAUAUUGAGAAAACCUGUGGACAUUCUGCAAAUUCCACUUUUGUAUUUAAAUUCUCAGAAUACAUAUGAAAACAAC